AUGGAUAGUUCAACUUCAGCAGACGAAUCAACAGGAAUAUUCCCCGCCGGUUACACUGCUCCUCGAACCACGGAGCAGCUGAUGCAGUAUCAUAAAGAUCAUGCAACCCAUGCCAGUGUCGACCCAAUCAUCCCGAUGAACAAUAUCGAAGAGAGGCUCAAGCUGAUCAAGGAGAUUCAAGCCGGAGUUUCAGAAGACCAAAAGGACAAAUCGAAAGAUUCCCGACUUACUUACUUUCAGCUGGCGUAUUUUCUGUUGUGUCCUGAUUCCGCGCUUCGAAAAGUUAUUGACGACCGCUUCCAUGGCAGCUAUCUGGAAGCACAGAUCCAGUAUAUUUCGUCAUUUUUGAUAGGCACUUUCAAAGUGUCGUACGAGCGUCCCUUUAGAGAUAAUUCAUACCGAGAGGAGAACACACACGAACAGAAUGAGGAAAUUCUCGAGCGCCUAAAUCAGUUAGAGAGAGGCAGGAAGAAUCUUCCGCAGAAAAAAGCUGAGAAAGAAAAGUGCCUCGUUAGAGACUAUUACCGCUGCAUCUUCACCCAAGACGAGUCUCCAAAAGUUUACCAAAUUCUACCGUUCAUUGCUAGCUAUGGCAGCUGGACUUUUAUUCAACUAAUAGACGCCUUUUCGUGUUUCAAGGUUGUUCUUGGCUCUGAGGUGUGGUCACAGCUAUGCUACGUCGUUACCAUCAAUUCUGAGAUGUGCGACAAGAGUUGGAAUAUGAUAAGCUUAGGCCCUGACCUGCGCAAGUUGUGGAAAGAACAGUUUUUCGGCAUCCAAUGUCUUGGGAUACUCCCCAUCGAUCGACAGGCUUCUGCCAUCUGGCUUCAGUUUCAUUGGAUGCCUAGGAAUCAGCGGGAUUACAACGACCGCGCGGAGCUGAACAUGGACACUAUUCAAAAGAUGUUGCUGAUUAUUUCUCCAAAGAAGAACGAUAUUGUUAAAAAAUAUCGCAGACGCACUCAAAAUCCGCUUGAGACGGGGCACAUAGUUAGUAUUCGCAUGGGAAAGGAAGAGGCAAUCAGCAUGAAGCAGGUGAUUGAUUUCCGAUGGGUCAUUGCAAGGAUUGGGGCGAUCUCUGGUCAUGCCAGGAAAUGGAGCAUUUUUUACCAGUAA